GCAGCUCCGCAGCUCCGCCGCGCGGGGUCGCGUCUCCCUCCGCCCGCCAUGGCGGCGGCGGGCCCGGCGCGGCUGGUGCGCUGCGGGCAGAAGGACGAGCUGCACCGGAGUGGGCUGCGCAGCGGGGCCGGCGCCGCGCUGCACGGGCUGGCGGGUGCCAAGAAGUGGCUGGAAUGGAGGAAAGAGAUCGAACUGCUUUCCGAUGUGGCCUACUUCGUCCUUACCACUUUGUCAGGAUACCAGACUCUGGGUGAAGAGUAUGUUAACAUUGUCCAAGUUGACUCAACCAAGAAAAGGGUACCUUCUUUUCUUCGGCGGGCUGUCUUCAUCGCUCUUCAUGCUGUGGUACCCUAUUGCUUAGAAAAGGGAUUGCUGCAUCUGGAACACGAGCUGCAGAGAGAAGCUGAUGACUCCAGAACCUCACAGAGCAACCCGGCACUUGGCUUAUCCAGCAGGACCUUAAUGCGAAACUGGAUACAGAAACAAGUUGUGGACCUUACGGAACAGCAGAAGAAAACAGUCUUACAGAUUGUGUAUGUUCUUAAACAAUGCGUACCUUUACUUCAUCGACUACAUCUGGCAGUAUUCUACAUAAGCGGCACUUUUUAUCACCUGUCAAAAAGAAUUACAGGGAUCACAUAUCUGCAUUUUGGAGGACUGCAAGGAGAAGAUCAGAGUAUUCGAUCAAGUUACAAGUUUCUUGGAAUAAUUUCACUCUUCCAUCUUCUUCUAACAAUUGGUGUUCAGAUGUACAGCUUCAAACAGAAGCAGAGAGCAAGGCACGAAUGGAAACUACACCGCAACCUAGCUCAUCAAAAAAAUACGACCAAGGAAAAAAAUACUGGGCGCCACUCCCGCUGCACUUUGUGUUUGGAAGAACGGAGACAUACAACAGCCACACCUUGUGGGCACCUCUUCUGCUGGGAAUGCAUCACGGAGUGGUGUAACACCAGAACAGAAUGUCCACUGUGCAGAGAGAAGUUUCAUCCUCAGAAACUGAUCUACUUACGUCACUACCAACUGUAAAGGAAAAAUCUAUUCUCUUUCAUGACAAGGGCCUCAGCUCUCAUACCCUUUAUGAAGUUGUCAUACAGCUUGAGUUAGUCCAAGAAAAAGACUUUAUUAUAAAACUGGUAACUGCCUGUGCAAGGUGGCACUUCAUUUCUGUUUUACAUAAUAAAUCUAUUUCUGCCUCUA